AUGUCCUACAAUCAACCUGGUUCUCAGUCCAGCCUUAAGGGGAGUUACAGAAAGAGGACCUGGAUGUUCAGCAAGAGACAGCACAACAGUGACAAUGUAGACAAUAUCACAUCUGAGGUUCAAAACCAUGUCACGGAUACCAAUGAGGAGGCUGACGUACCUAUAGAACCCACUGUAGAUGACAGCGAUGCUGAAAGUGACCACUGUGGCAGUGGAUCUAGGGCUAAAGUAACAACAGAAACAGUUGCAGAUGAUAGCGGCGAUGACAGCUCCAGCACCUCCAGGAGCUCCAGCAGCAGCUCCAGGAGCUCCAGGAGCUCCAGCAGCAGCUCAAAUGACACAGAGCCUGAGUCGGCCCCAUCCGAGGCUACCUCUGCUGAGAACCAGCCCAAGCAACCAGACUCUGCUGCUGAGACCCAACCCAAGCAACCAGACACUGCUGCUGAGAUUCAGACACCAGAGACAGACACUGGUAAGACUCAGACACCGGAGCCAGACACCGUUGCUGAGAUUCAAACACCGGAGACAGACACCGUUGCUGAAAUACAAGACACCGUUGCUGAGAUUCAGACACAGGAGACAGAGUCUGCUGCUGAAAUUCAGACACCGGAGCCAGACACCGUUGCUGAGAUUCAGACACCGGAGACAGACACCGUUGCUGAGAUUCAGACACAGGAGACAGAGUCAGCUGCUGAAAUUCAGACACUGGAGACAGAGUCUGCUGCUGAAAUUCAGACACGGGAGACAGCCUACACUAUACCUAACCCUCAGUCUACAGCUGAGCCAGGGUCCCAAUGUUUGGGUGAACCAUGUGAAAUGUCUUGCAAUGUGCCUGAAUGUAGAGUUGACAAUGGAAUUCUAUUAGCUGCGCCUGGGUAUCAAGAUAGGGCUGAAGAUGCGGUCUCUGCCACAGAGGACCUAACCAGGUCCGGGUGUGCUAACUCAAAGGGGACCGAAUCUGCCCUGGAUAACAUUGCAAAGGGAUAUAGGUGUGAUAGAUCGGAUGAUGAGGUUGAUGCUGCCCUGGAUAUCAUCACAUGUGUCACGGCUACCGAGAAUGAGAGAGCUCCGGAUGAUAUGCUGACCGAUGUGGAAUAUGUAAACGCCUUUUCAGAGUGUGACAUUUCUCACUUCUAUGAUUCUGAGCCACAUUUCAGUAGGCCACAGUGGAACGUUGACCCUUGUCCCGGUUUAAUAUUUUCUGCUACAACUGACCCCAGUCCCUCUAUUAUACCACUCUCAUCAAGCGCCAUUUGUAAUGUGGUAACCCAACCUAAAGAUGUCUCACUCAAUGAUGACUGCAUUGGUGACAUGCCCUCCACAGGGUACCCAGACAACUCCAUGUUUGAUCUUGAGAGGGCAUGUAGUGAUUAUAUAUUUCAACAACAAUCGGCACUGCAGCUGGAUCCCCAUCUGGUUGAGGUACAUCAGGACCCCGAUCCUCAAGUGUCUACACCACAGCAGGAGGAUGCCGUGGUCCUAGAUCCCGAACAACCAAUAUCUCAAGUACCUUACACUCCACAGCCGACUGUUGAUAUACAUGGGUUCAAUGUGUACAAGCUCAAGCCAGUAACAGCUUUACAGUCGCAAAGGUCAUUAUUCCCCACACCACCACAAUCUGAAGCAGCUGGCACCUAUGAAGAACUAGCGCCUGAUCCCAGUCUACAGCACCUUGACAGCGAUGGAGAUCCAGUGUUGUCAAUUGCGAUGAUAUCCCCUUUGAUGCAAAAGUUGAUUAUAUGCUCCGCAUGUACAACCACCUUCAACCGAGCGGUCAUAUGUAACACCUACUUGAUUCAGCUGAACAGGCCCAUACAAUGUGCUUGUGGCUGUGUAUUAUGCACACUGUGUUACAGUCAACAACGUGGUUGUAGCCUACACAAUAUGUCAUCCACAAGGGCCCCUGUAAGCACCACAGCCAGCACCCUUGCCAAUUGCCCUGCUCUGGAGCAUUUAGGGGCCUGGGAUCUGGAACUCAACAUAGGUGAUAUGUUCAAAACUGACAAUGAAGUCAAUGUCCAUGUGCAGCUGUUAAUGAAUAAGGAGCAAUCCCCUGACAUGGACACCCUGAGACCCGUGUUCAACCAUCUCGUCACAGAGAAGGACACCAUGUCCUUCAAGUACUGGGUAAACGAAGCAAUGCCAGAAGAGGUGGCCUGCAGAUAUGUCUGCAUCCCUCAUAUACCUGGUUUCUGGGAUCACGUCGUGGUGGGAACCCGGACCCUUCCCAAAACGGCGAACAUGAUCGGGCCCGAUGACUCCUUGCCAAGAUUGUUCAAUGUGUCACUAGGGUCCUACAAGUUUCAUUGGUGCUGUUUUGUUCUGAAGAAACAGAUUAUUUUAACUAUGUGGUGCACUUCAAUGCCCAGCAGAGGGCAGCCUAAGGUAUUCACACUGGUUGACAGCACACUGAAGAACCAUACCUCAAGCAUAGAGUUUAGACGAAUGGUAUUCUAUCUGUGUAGGUGGUUUACAGCUCAGUACGGGUCCCCACCAGACAGGCAGCUUAACAUGGUGUUAGAUUGUAAACCUAGUGAAGGUCCUACUUUGGUCCAUGUCAUAGCUUUCCUGGCUUCACGCCUAGGGAUGGAAAAGGUAACACCUCAGUUCUCCCAGCAUAGGGCCAAAGAUAGGGCCAAAGAUGAUCGAAAUUACAGUUUCAAAGUCAAGCAUGCCAAUACCAUGUUCACGUGCCCCUCAGAUGGUACUUCCGAAGGGUCCCUUGACUCAUGA